CUUGCAAAGCUACCACUGCCAUAGCCAUUUUAGCCUUUGAAUUGAAACCCUCAAAAUUCCACUAAAAAAAUGGCCUCCACAGCUUCCCUCUCCACCGCCGUAGCCACCACCUCUUUCCUCCGCGGCCAUCCGGUGCCGAAAACCCUAAACUCCCUUCCUUUCAACCAAUCUCUUUUCGGGCUAAAACCCCAACGAAAUGGCCGUCUCACCAUGGCUGCAUUCAAAGUGACACUGUUAACACCCGAAGGACCCCAGGAAUUCGUGUGCCCCGACGACGUUUACAUCGUUGACCAAGCUGAGGAAGAAGGCAUUGAUCUUCCGUUCUCGUGUAGGGCUGGGUCUUGUUCUUCGUGUGCCGGAAUGAUUAAGCAAGGCUCCGUCGAUCAAUCCGACGGUAAUUUCCUUGAUGAUGACCAGAUUGCUGCAGGUUUUGUCCUCACUUGUGUUGCUUACCCUCAGAGUGAUGUUGUUAUUGAGACCCACAAGGAGGAACAGCUUACCGCUUGAUUAUAUAUGAUACUAUAUAAUAUAAUCAUCAACUAGACCAAGAUUUAAUCAUCUUUUUCCUGUCUGUUUGAUUUAUGUUUGUUCAGUUUGGUCGGAGGGAUGAUGUUCAUGUCCCUGUUUGUGGGAGCCUUUAAUGAGUUCAUUUGUAAUGGCAUUUCAUGCUUUAUUUUUUAAGGCUUUUUCUUCAUUUGUAGUGGUAAUAAAUCAACAUUGUUGUUAACCCUAA